AUGAUGGGGGAAUCUUGUGCAAAUCCGAAUAGAGUGAAGCUUCGGGAUGGGAGAUUCUUAGCUUAUAGAGAAGGAGGAGUUCCAAAGGAGGAAGCCAAAUUCAAGAUCAUUCUUGUUCAUGCCUUUGGAAGCUCCAAAUAUAUGUAUUUCCCCGCAUCAAAGGAGCUGAUAGAAGAGCUUGGUGUGUAUUGUAUCUUCUACGACCGUGUCGGAUAUGGAGAAUCGGAUUCAAACGCGAAACAUUCGGUGAAAAGCGAAGUCGAUGACAUGGCAGAACUUGCAGAUCAGCUGGAGAUAGGACCCAAGUUUUACCUAGUUGGAGUUUCCCUUGGAGCUUACCCAAUGUGGGGUUCCUUGAAACACAUACCUCACAGGCUAUCGGGCGUGGCUUUUGUUUCUCCGCCGGUGAAUUAUCUGUGGCCUUCACUUCCUGAGAAGCUUACAAAGAAAGAUUACAGGAGACGUCUUUUAAAAUGGUUUUUGUGGAUUUCGAAAAAUGCACCUGGAUUGAUACAUUUCUGGGUUUUCGAAAACCUCUUCCUAUCAAUUAAGUCGAUCUACUUCAGUAGAUUCCGCAAGCGAACAACUAAUAGUCCCCUGCGUCCUAAGGUAUGUGUAAGACAAGUUUGCGAAAAUCUAAGGGAGGAUUUCGUGACUUGUUUCGGGGAGUGGGGUUUCGAACCGGCGGAUCUAAGCAUUACUCAAGAGAGCUGUGUUCACAUCUGGCAAGGGAAGCAAGACAAACUAGUUCCAGUUCAGCUUCAGAGAUGCAUUAUGCAGGAGCAACCUUUUAUCAACUACCACGAGCUCCCACAAACCGGACAUAUUAUCUUGAACUACGAUGGCACUUGCGAUGCGAUUCUACGCGCGCUUUUGCUUGGGGAGGAACAACUACUCGACAAACCAAUUCUUUCUGACUUACCGUGCGUGUGA